GUAGCAGUCUCUGCAAUUAAUUUUCGAAUUACAGUAACGAUGAGUUCAUCAGCUUCAACGAAGGGAGGGAGAGGGAAGCCGAAGGCCACCAAAUCGAUCUCAAGGUCGCAUAAAGCCGGUCUCCAAUUCCCCGUUGGAAGGAUCGCCAGAUUCCUUAAAGCUGGAAAGUAUGCCGAGCGAGUUGGUGCCGGUGCGCCGGUCUACCUAUCUGCAGUUCUUGAAUACCUUGCAGCUGAGGUUCUUGAACUUGCUGGAAACGCAGCCAGAGACAACAAGAAGAAUCGUAUUGUUCCAAGGCAUAUACAACUUGCAGUGAGAAAUGACGAGGAGCUGAGCAAGCUUCUUGGUACUGUAACAAUCGCUAAUGGAGGUGUUUUGCCCAAUAUUCAUCAGACUUUGUUGCCGAAGAAGAUUGGAAAAGGGAAAGGCGAGCCUGGAUCUGCAUCACAAGAAUUUUAAUUUUUUCCUUUUC